CGGCGGCGCGGCCCGCUGCCUGCUGGCGGCUGUGCGCGGCGCAUCCCGUCCCGGCUGCAGCUCGGCAGCGGCCGCCGUCGGCGCGGAGCGAGCCCACCGCACGCCAUGGCAGCGCCGGCACUGCGCGGCCCCGACGGCUGCUGCUUUCUGGACGCAGAAGCAUCGAAAGCCCAAAAGAAGACCUGCGCGAGAUACAGACUCUGCGGACUGCUCUUGUGUGUGCUGGCGAUUUUCCUCAUUCUGGUAGUCUUUGGUGUAAAGUAUCUCUGGAACCCGACGCCCAAAAAAAUUUACAGCCUGGAGCGCACGUUCCUCAGCGGCAGGGAGAAGCAGAAGGUGGUGAUGGAGAUCGACUCGCUGGCCAGGACGGAGACCUUCCAGACCGGCAACGGCACCGAGGAGAUCCUGGAGAUCCAUGACUUCAAAAACGGAAUAACCGGCAUCUUCUUUGUGGGACUUCAAAAAUGCUUCAUCAAAACUCAGACUAAAGUCAUACCUGAGACUACGGAGGCCAAGAUUCCCGAACUCGAGGGAGAAGAAAUUACGAGCACCUACUUUGAGCAAUCCAUGGUUUGGGUCCCUGGAGAAAAGCCCAUUCAGAACAAGGAGUUUCUGAAGAGCUCCAAAAUCUUUGACAUCUGUAGAAACGUGACCAUCUACUGGAUCCACCCAACACUGAUAGCAGCUCCUGAGCUCGCUGACCUCGGAGAGGGAGCAGAUGAUGCUGAGCUGCUUGUGAACAACCAAAGCUGGCUGGACGGGGGGGACGAACACGAGGUGGGGAAGGAUGCGCAGCCGGGGCCCAAGCGCCGGGCACGGCAGCUCACCGAGGAGGAUCUGCCCGUCAACGACUACACGGAGAACGGGCUGGAGUUCCACCCCUUGUGGGACGAACGAGGCUACUGCUGCGCCCAGUGCCGGCGCGCCAACCGCUACUGCCGGCGGGUGUGCGAGCCCCUGCUGGGCUACUACCCCUACCCGUACUGCUACCAGGGCGGCAGGGUCAUCUGCCGGAUCAUCAUGCCGUGCAACUGGUGGAUAGCGCGCAUGCUGGGCCGGGUCUAGGGCAGCACCUCAGCGUCCCUAGAAAGGGGGGACUCACUUCUCAGGCGUGUGCGUGCCGCGUUGCGAGCUGUCCUGAUGUAUGCUGAUGUAGCUAAAGUCUAAGUCGUUAUCUGCUUGAUUACCGGCGAGCGUGCGCCGCACGCGCGGCGUGCCCUGCGUGCCGGGGGGGAUGCGUGCGGGCUGCUCCCGGGGGGCUGGGGACGGUUGUGCUCGGCUGUAUCGUUGUCACGCUGAGCACCAAGAGGCAAACAAUAAACGUCUUGUAUGAGCGAUUGCAA